UUUUUAAUCUCAACAGGGAAUAGUUUCACCAAUGGCUUCGAUGAUGCAGCUAUCCUUGUGGAAAACGCUGUCGUUUUCGUCGUCGUUGUCGUCGCCGGCGAACCGUCUCUCUCUGCCGGCAAAGCUCUCUCACCUCUCUCUCACAACUGCGUCUCCGCCGCGCCGGAAGUUGUCGGUCAUCCGUAUGGGUGGUGGUCCGAGGACGUUCCCGGGAGGAGUAUCGAAGUGGCAGUGGAAGCGGAUGCAGGCGAAGAAGCAGAAGCAGCUCCUUAAGGCUCGGCUAUGCCGGGAACGUCAGAUUUACGAGAUGCGGAAGCGCGCUGAGCUUAAGGCGGCUGUCGCCGAGCUCGAGCGACCAUGGGAGCCGGUUGAGAAGCCGCCGAAUCUGUUCUCUGUCUCCGCCGACGAGCAGGUCAAGGUCCUCGCCGACCGGUUCCAACGCCCCGGCGGAUUCGACCUAUGGACCGAUAGAGACGGGCCGCAGCUGUUCGAGACCGUCGAUGACUUACCUUCCGCUAGGUUUUUUCCUAAAGGUGUCGUUCAUAGUGUUAAGCCUUAUCGCAGUGUCUCGAGCUCUGUUGAUUCCGAUGCGGAGGGAGAAAAAUUUCCGAAAGACGAUGGAAUUGAAGGCGUUGUUGCGCCGAAGAGUGGCGAGAACAGACGAAACAUCAAGCAUCGCGGUCGAGGGUUGAGGAAGAGAAUUGGGUUCGAUAUUAGACCGAGGAAGGAAGGAGAUACCAUUCAGAAUCGCGUUAAUGGAGACAAACGGAAGAAUGGAAGAUCUCAGGUAUAUGAUAUGGCUCUGCGGAAAGAUGGGAGUUAUGAAUUUGGAUCUUAGGAUGAUACAAUUUCUUACUGCAGCAAGUACAAAUUCAGCUGCAAGGACUCAGUAGUAUACGUCUCUACUGCGUUCAUAGUAAACUUGUAUGUAUUGGGGUAUUGGCUUUGUUGAUUUCUACUUGUUAUAUGAACCUUUUGCUGUUGGAAUGGUUACUCUUUAUUCUGUUGC